AUGGGGCGGAAGACGUGGUUCUCUAUUCCAGAGCGGAACCGGCCACUCAAGAACCGGAUCAACAUCGUUCUCAGCAGAGAACUUAAGUAAGAGGCAUGGAGGACAUCAGUAAUGACAGUCACUUACCAGCUACUAAUUUCUAUACAAUGUGUUCAUCAUCCUGUGUUAUCUGUAAUGGGCAUCAUAUAGUGAAGAUUGUCUUCCUCUGUGUAUCUAUUUGUGUCAUACGUGACAAUGUAAUACUGAAAGCCAUUGAAUACUAUGAACCAAAACACAUUGUAACUACUAUGUUGUUCUAACAUUACUACUAUGUUGCCCUAACAUUACUACUAUGUUGCCCUAACAUUACUACAAUGUUGCCCUAACAUUACUACAAUGUUGCCCUAACAUUACUACAAUGUUGCCCUAACAUUACUACAAUGUUGCCCUAACAUUACUACAAUGUUGCCCUAACAUUACUACAAUGUUGCCCUAACAUUACUACAAUGUUGCCCUAACAUUACUACAAUGUUGUGUGAAUGUCAGAGAGCCUCCAGCCGGGGCUCACCACCUGGCGUCAGACUUCAGCUCAGCACUCCGCCUGCUGGACACAGCUGAGAUGGCAGAACGGGCCGACCAGGUCUGGGUGAUCGGGGGCAGCUCCCUGUACAAGGUAAGAAAUACACAGGCCUUAGCCAUUAGUCCUUCAUGUAGAGGAUUGGAUAGGGGUCCAUUUGGAAUAGGUCAACAGUCUCUGAGAUGUGGCCCUUGCACCAGAUGGGAACUUGUGUGGAGGGAUGUGUUCAUAAAGAAAGACUUGUAGAGAAAUGGGGUUUGAGUGAGUGGGAGUUUUGAAACUGUUUACUAGAGCGGGAACUUCUUUAGUGUUCUUUACGUAUUUUACCUCAGUAACCUGUGACGCAAGACAUCAUUGACGACCUUGGUGCAUUUUCCAAUGUCUCAACUGCAUUCUCCGCUGUCAAAAACACUUUUCAGUUAUGCUAUUUGUCCACUAAGCUGAACGAAAUUGAGUAGUAGAAAAGUUAACACGCGCACACACAGCUCCGCACAGACACACAGCUCCACACAGACACACAGCUCCGCACAGACACACAGCUCCACACAGACACACAGCUCCACACAGACACACAGCUCCACACAGACACACAGCUCCGCACAGACACACAGCUCCGCACAGACACACAGCUCCGCACAGACACACAGCUCCACACAGACACACAGCUCAGCACAGACACACAGCUCCACACAGACACACAGCUCCACACAGACACACAGCUCCACACAGCUCCGCACAGACACACAGCUCCCACACAGACACACAGCUCCACACAGACACACACAGCUCCACACAGACACACACAGCUCCACACAGACACACACAGCUCCGCACAGACACACACAGCUCCGCACAGACACACACAGCUCCGCACAGACACACAGCUCCGCACAGACACACAGCUCCGCACAGACACACAGCUCCGCACAGACACACAGCUCCGCACAGACACACAGCUCCGCACAGACACACAGCUCCGCACAGACACACAGCUCCGCACAGACACACAGCUCCACACAGACACACAGCUCCACACAGACACACACAGCUCCGCACAGACACACAGCUCCACACAGACACACACAGCUCCACACAGACACACAGCUCCACACAGACACACACAGCUCCACACAGCUCCACACAGACACACAGCUCCACACAGACACACACAGCUCCACACAGACACACACAGCUCCACACAGACACACACAGCUCCACACAGACACACACAGCUCUACACAGACACACACAGCUCCGCACAGACACACAGCUCCGCACAGACACACAGCUCCGCACAGACACACAGCUCCGCACAGACACACAGCUCCACACAGACACACAGCUCCACACAGACACACAGCUCCACACAGACACACAGCUCCACACAGACACACAGCUCCACACAGACACACAGCUCCGCACAGACACACAGCUCCACACAGACACACAGCUCCACACGUGCACACACACACACACACACCUCCACACCCAGCGUCCCUCAUACCUUUCUUCCUUCCUCGGCAGUCGGUAGGUUGUCAUGGAGACCUCAUCGCUCAAGGAUACUUUUGACAAUACAGCACACAAGCUCUGUUCACUUCUCCACACACACACUCUCCACCUCAUAUCCGUAUCUAAAGGGUUGACUCUUUUUAAAGGUUACGUUUGGGACUUUCAAGACCUUGACUAUUUUCCAUUUAACCACAUAGCCUUGUUAUGAACACACACAAACUGUCUGGGUCGAUCUACAAUGGGGCAUUUCAGUAGAAAAUAACGUCCAGGUCUACUGUCAUGCGUUUCAGAGUAAGAGUGCUGAUCUAAGAUCAGGUCCCCCCCCCCCCCCCCCCCCCCCCCCCGCCCCCCCCGUCCGCCCCCCGCCCCCCGUCCCCCCGUCCAUAAUACAUCUGAUUCAUUAUGAUCUAAAAGGCAAACUGAUCCUAGAUCAGUACUCCUACUCUGAAACGAUUGACAAAUGUGGGUCCAGGUCUUAGAAUCCCAAACGUAUACUUUCAGUGUAUUUAUUUGUUGUCUGGUUCCCCAGGAGAUGAUGGAGAGUCAGGGGACCAGGAGGUUGUUUGUGACACAGAUCCUGCAGCAGUUUAAGAGUGACACCUUCCUGCCUGAAAUCAACCAAGACAAAUACCGCCUACUGCCAGAGUGAGUUUCACACACGCAUGUAUGCCUUCGAAAAGUAUUCAGACACCUUCCCUUUUUACACAUUUUGUUACGUUACACAUCCUUAUCCUAAAAUGGAUUCAAAAAAUAAGGUCGUCAUCAAUCUAAACACAAUACCCCAUAACGACAAAUUGAAAACAGGUUUUUAUAAAUUUUUGCAAAUGUAUUGAAAGAAAAAAAUAAUAAUAAUGGCCUCCAUCAUUCUUAAAUGGAAGAAGUUUGGAACCACCAAGACUCUUCCUAGAGCUGGCUGCCCAGCCACACUGAGCAAUCGGGGGAGAAGGGCCUUGGUCAGGGAGGUGACCAGGAACCCGAUGGUCACGCUGACAGAGCUCCAGAGUUCCUCUGUGGUGAUGGGAGAACCUUCCAGAAGGACAACCAUCUCUGCAGCACUCCACCAAUCAGGCCUUUAUGGUAGAGUGGCCACUCCUCAGUAAAAGGCACAUGACAGCCCGCUUGGAGUUUGCCAAAAGGCACCUAAAGACUCUCAGACCAUGAGAAACAAUAUUAUCUGGUCUGAUGAAACCAAGAUUGAACUCUUUGGCCUAAAUGCCAAGCGUCACGUCUGGAGGAAACCUGGCACCAUCCCUACGGUGAAGCAUGGUGGUGGCAGCAUCAUGAUGUGGGGAUGUUUUUCAGCAGCAGGGACUGGGAGACUAGUCAGGAUCGAGGCAAAGAUGAACGGAGCAAAGUACAGAGAGAUCCUUGAUGAAAACCUGCUCCAGAGCGCUCAGGACCUCAGACUGGGGUGAAGGUUCACCUUCCAACAAGACAACGACCCUAGGCACACAGCCAAGACAACGCAGGAGGGGCUUCGGGACAAGUCUCUGAAUGUCCUUAAGUGGCCCAGCCAGAGCCCGGACUUGAACCCGAUCAAACAUCUCUGGAGAGACCUGAAAAUAGCUGUGCAGCGACGCUCCCCAUCCAACUUGACAGAGCUUGAGAGGAUCUGCAGAGAAGAAUGGGAGAAACUCCCCAAAUACAGAUGUGCCAAGCUUGUAGCAUCAUACACAAGAAGACUCAAGGCUGUAAUCACUGCCAAAGGUGCUUCAACAAAGUACUGAGUAAAGGGUCAGAAUACUUAUGUAAAUGUGAUAUUUCAUUUUUUUCAUUUGCAAAAAAAUAAAAAUAAACUGUUUUUGCUUUGUCAUUAUGGGGUAUUGUGUGUAGAUUAAUGGGGGGGGGGGACUAUUUAAUUCAUUUUAGAAUAAGGCUGUAACGUAACAAAAGGUCAAGGGUUCUGAAUACUUUCCGAAUGCACUGUACGUGCAUGCACACACACACAGCAUGGAUACACUUUACUAAAAUCAAAUCAAGCUUUAUUUCUUAUAGGAGAUGCAUUUCAAUCAAAGGUGUGAAAAAUCAAAACAAUACGUUUUCUAAAAAUGGGAAAUUAAAAUGCUAAAACAAUAAUAAAAUAACAGUGGACAUGAGAGACGAAUGCGUAAAAAUAAAUCAGAUGUAUAGAACGGGAUAAAUCAAAUAGAUAGUAUGACUGACUAAAAGAACCCUAAGAACCCUAAGAACCCUAACCCAAAGAACCAUAAGAACCCUAACCCUAAGAACCCUAACAACCCUAAGAACCCUAACCCUAAGAAGAACCCUCAGUAGUUUACUCCAAUUAGGGAAGGGGUGGUGGGGUUGGAAUGUAAUAAAGGGAAAUAUAUAUUUUUAAAGGAUAUGUAUGUAUUUGUGUGUGUGUGUAUGUAUGUACAGUGAGGGAAAAAAGUAUUUGAUCCCCUGCUGAUUUUGUAUGUUUGCCCACUGACAAAGAAAUGAUCAGUCUAUAAUUUUAAUGGUAGGUUUAUUUGAACAGUGAGAGACAGAAUAACAACAACAAAAUCCAGAAAAACGCAUGUCAAAAUUUUUAUAAAUUGAUUUGCAUUUUAAUGAGGGAAAUAAGUAUUUGACCCCCUCUCAAUCAGAAAGAUUUCUGGCUCCCAGGUGUCUUUUAUACAGGUAACGAGCUGAGAUUAGGAGCACACUCUUAAAGGGAGUGCUCCUAAUCUCAGUUUGUUACCUGUAUAAAAGACACCUGUCCACAGAAGCAAUCAAUCAGAUUCCAAACUCUCCACCAUGGCCAAGACCAAAGAGCUCUCCAAGGAUGUCAGGGACAAGAUUGUAGACCUACACAAGGCUGGAAUGGGCUACAAGACCAUCGCCAAGCAGCUUGGUGAGAAGGUGACAACAGUUGGUGCGAUUAUUCGCAAAUGGAAGAAACACAAAAUAACUGUCAAUCUCCCUCGGCCUGGGGCUCCAUGCAAGAUCUCAACUCGUGGAGUUGCAAUGAUCAUGAGAACGGUGAGGAAUCAGCCCAGAACUACACGGGAGGAUCUUGUUAAUGAUCUCAAGGCAGCUGGGACCAUAGUCACCAAGAAAACAAUUGGUAACACACUACGCCGUGAAGGACUGAAAUCCUGCAGCGCCCGCAAGGUCCCCCUGCUCAAGAAGGCACAUAUACAGGGCCGCCUGAAGUUUGCCAAUGAACAUCUGAAUGAUUCAGAGGAGAACUGGGUGAAAGUGUUGUGGUCAGAUGAGACUAAAAUCGAGCUCUUUGGCAUCAACUCAACUCGCCGUGUUUGGAGGAGGAGGAAUGCUGCCUAUGACCCCAAGAACACCAUCCCCACCGUCAAACAUGGAGGUGGAAACAUUAUGCUUUGGGGGUGUUUUUCUGCUAAGGGGACAGGACAGCUUCACCGCAUCAAAGGGACGAUGGACAGGGCCAUGUACCGUCAAAUCUUGGGUGAGAACCUCCUUCCCUCUGCCAGGGCAUUGAAAAUGGGUCGUGGAUGGGUAUUCCAGCAUGACAAUGACCCAAAACACACGGCCAAGGCAACAAAGGAGUGGCUCAAGAAGAAGCACAUUAAGGUCCUGGAGUGGCCUAGCCAGUCUCCAGACCUUAAUCCCAUAGAGAAUCUGUGGAGGGAGCUGAAGGUUCGAGUUGCCAAACGUCAGCCUCGAAACCUUAUGACUUGGAGAAGAUCUGCAAAGAGGAGUGGGACAAAAUCCCUCCUGAGACGUGUGCAAACCUGGUGGCCAAUUACAAGAAACGUCUGACCUCUGUGAUUGCCAACAAGGGUUUUGCCACCAAGUACUAAAUCAUGUUUUGCAGAGGGGUCAAAUACUUAUUUCCCUCAUUAAAAUGCAAAUCAAUUUAUAACAUUUUUGACAUGCGUUUCUCUGGAUUUUUGUUGUUGUUAUUCUGUCUCUCACUGUUCAAAUAAACCUACCAUUAAAAUUAUAGACUGAUCAUGUCUUUGUCAGUGGACAAACGUACAAAAUCAGCAGGGGAUCAAAUAUUUUUUCCCUCGUGUAUAUAUAUUACACACGCACAUGCAUACAUACAGUGGGGAGAACAAGUAUUUGAUACACUACCGAUUUUGCAGGUUUUCCUACUUACAAAGCAUGUAGAGGUCUGUAAUUUUUAUCAUAGGUACACUUCAACUGUGAGAGACGGAAUCUAAAACAAAAAUCCAGAAAAUCACAUUGUAUGAUUUUUAAGUAAUUAAUUUGCAUUUUAUUGCAUGACAUAAGUAUUUGAUACAUCAGAAAAGCAGAACUUAAUAUUUGGUAAAGAAACCUUUGUUUGCAAUUACAGAGAUCAUACGUUUCCUGUAGGUCUUGACCAGGUUUGCACACACUGCAGCAGGGAUUUUGGCCCACUCCUCCAUACAGACCUUCUCCAGAUCCUUCAGGUUUCGGGGCUGUCACUGGGCAAUACGGACUUUCAGCUCCCUCCAAAGAUUUUCUAUUGGGUUCAGGUCUGGAGACUGGCUAGGCCACUCCAGGACCUUGAGAUGCUUCUUACGGAGCCACUCCUUAGUUGCCCUGGCUGUGUGUUUCAGGUCGUUGUCAUGCUGGAAGACCCAGCCACAACCCAUCUUCAAUGCUCUUACUGAGGGAAGGAGGUUGUUGGCCAAGAUCUUGCGAUACAUGGCCCCAUCCAUCCUCCCCUCAAUACGGUGCAGUCGUCCUGUCCCCUUUGCAGAAAAGCAUACCCAAAGAAUGAUGUUUCCACCUCCAUGCUUCACGGUUGGGAUGGUGUUCUUGGGGUUGUACUCAUCCUUCUUCUACCUCCAAACACGGCGAGUGGAGUUUAGACCAAAAAGCUCUAUUUUUGUCUCAUCAGACCACAUGACCUUCUCCCAUUCCUCCUCUGGAUCAUCCAGAUGGUCAUUGGCAAACUUCAGACGGGCCUGGACAUGCGCUUGCUUGAGCAGGGGGACCUUGCGUGCGCUGCAUGAUUUUAAUCCAUGACGGUGUAGUGUGUUACUAAUGGUUUUCUUUGAGACUGUGGUCCCAGCUCAGGUCAUUGACCAGGUCCUGCCGUGUAGUUCUGGGCUGAUCCCUCACCUUCCUCAUGAUCAUUGAUGCCCCACGAGGUGAGAUCUUGCAUGGAGCCCCAGACCGAGGGUGAUUGACCGUCAUCUUGAACUUCUUCCAUUUUCUAAUAAUUGCGCCAACGGUUGUUGCCUUCUCACCAAGCUGCUUGCCUAUUGUCCUGUAGCCCAUCCCAGCCUUAUGCAGGUCUACAAUUUUAUCCCUGAUGUCCUUACACAGCUCUCUGGUCUUGGCCAUUGUGGAGAGGUUGGAGUCUGUUUGAGUGUGUGGACAGGUGUCUUUUAUACAGGUAAUGAGAGGAGAACAGGAGGGCUUCUUAAAGAAAAACUAACAGGUCUGUGAGAGCCGGAAUUCUUACUGGUUGGUAGGUGAUCAAAUACUUAUGUCAUGCAAUAAAAUGCAAAUUAAUUAUUUUAAAAUCAUACAAUGUGAUUUUCUGGAUUUUUGUUUUAGAUUCCGUCUCUCACAGUUGAAGUGUACCUAUGAUAAAAAUUACAGACCUCUACAUGCUUUGUAAGUAGGAAAACCUGCAAAAUCGGCAGUGUAUCAAAUACUUGUUCUCCCCACUCUAUAUAUACAUACAUACAUACAUACAUACAUACAUACAUACAUACAUACAUACAUACAUACAUACAUACAUACAUACAUACAUACAUACAUACAUACAUACAUACAUACAUACAUACAUACAUACAUACAUACAUACAUACAUACAUACAUACAUACAUACAGUGGAUAUAAAAAGUAUCCACACCCCUGUUAAAAUGCCAGGUUUUUGUGAUGUAAAAGAAUGAGACAAAGAUAAGUCAUGUCAGAACUUUUUCCACCUUUAAUGUGACCUAUAACGGGAACAAUUCAAUUGAAAAACAAACUGAAAUCUUCAAGAGGGGAAAAAUGAAAAAUAAAAAGCUUACAAUAACCUGGUUGCAUCAGUGUGCACACCCUCUUAUAACUGGGGAUGUGGCUGUGUUCAGAAUUAACCAAUCACAUUCAAACUCAUGUUAAAUAGAAGUCAUUACACACCUGCCAUCAUUUAGUGACUCUGAUUAAUCACAAAUAAAGUUUAAGCUGUUCUAGUAGGAUUUUCCUGACAUUUUCUUAGUUGCAUCUCAGACCAAAAGCCAUGUUCCGCAGAGAGCUUCCAAAGCAUCAGAGGGAUCUCAUUGUUGAAAGAUAUCAGUCAGGAGAAGGUUACAAAAUAAUUUCCAAAGCAUUACAUAUACCAUGGAACACAGUGAAGACAGUCAUCAUCAAGUGGAGAAAAUAUGGCACAACAGAGACAUUACCAAGAACUGGACGUCCCUCCAUAAUAUAUGAAAAGACGAGAACUGGUCAGGGAGGCUUCCAAGAGGCCUACAGCAACAUUAAAGGAACUGCAGGAAUUUCUGGCAAGCUGUGUGCUACAUGUGACAACAAUCUCCCGUAUUCUUCAUAUGAAUGGGCUAUGGGGUAGGGUGGCAAGACGGAAGCCUUUUCUUACAAAGAAAAACAUCCAAGCCCGGCUGAAGUUUGCAAAAAACAAACAUCAAGUCCCCCAAAAGCACGUGGGAAAAUGUGUUAUGGUCUGAUGAAACCAAGGUUGAACUUUUUGGCCAUAAUUCCAAAAGGUAUGUUUUGCGCAAAAACAACACUGCACAUCACCCAAAGAACACCAUACCCACAGUGAAGCAUGGUGGUGGCAGCAUCAUGCUUUGGGGCUGUUUUUUCUUCAGCUGGAACCGGGGCCUUAGUCAGGGUGGAGGGAAUUAUGAACAGUUCCAAAUACCAGGCAAUUUUGGCACAAAACCUUCAGGCGUCCGUUAGAAAGCUGAAGAUGAAGAGGAAGUUCACCUUUCAGCACGACAACGACCCGAAGCACACAUCCAAAUCCACAAAAGCAUUGCUUCACCAGAAGAAGAUUAACGUUUUGGAAUGGCCCAGCCAGAGCCCAGACCUGAAUCCAAUUGAACAUCUCUGGGGUGAACUGAAGAGGGCUGUGCACAGGAGAUGUCCUCGCAAUCUGACAGAUUUGGAGCGCUUUUGCAAAGAAUAGUGGGCAAAUAUUGCCACGUCAAGAUGUGCCCUGCUAAUAGACUCCGACCCAAAAAGACUGAGUGCUGUAAUAAAAUCAAAAGGUGCUUCAACAAAGUAUUAGUUUAAGGGUGUGCACACUUAUGCAACCAGGUUGUGAGUUUUUAAUUUUUCCCCCUCAAAGAUUUUUGUUUUUCAAUUGAAUUGUUCCCAUUAUAGGUCACAUUAAAGGUGGAAAAAGUUCUGACAUGACUUAUCUUUGUCUCAUUCUUUUACAUCACAAAAACCUGGCAUUUUAACAGGGCUGUGGAGACUUUUUAUAUAUAUAGACUUUUUAUAUAUAUAGACUUUUUAUAUAUAUAUAUAGUGAGCUCCAUAAUUCAUUGGACAGUGACCAUUGUUUUGUUAUUUUGGUUCUGUACUCUAGCACUUUGAGUUUGAAAGGAUACAAUGACAAUGAGCGUGAAGUGCAGACUGUCAGCUUUAAUUUGAGGGUAUUUUCAUACAUAUCGGAUGAACCGUUUAGAAAUGACAGCACCUUUUGUACAUGGUCCCCCCAUUUUAAGGUACUACAAGUAUUUGUUAAAUUGGCUUCACAGAUGUGUGUCGUUAGGCAGGUGUAUUCAUUUGUGUCGUUAGUGAAUGCAGGAGAGCUGUUGAUGAAUAGUAAUGAUUCUAGACGUUGCUAUUGCCUUUGGAGGUUGUUAUUGGGGUGUGACAACAUGAGGAAGACAGCAGUGUCGAUGCAAAUGAAGUUGGCCGUCAAAAGGCUCAGAAAUGAAAAUCAAUCAUUCAGGAACAUUGCAAAAACCCUGGCCAUGCCCAAGUCAACAGUUUUGUUCAUCGUUAACAAGAAAAAAAACAACCGGUGAACUCAAUUAUGUCAAAAGACCCGGUAGACAGAGGAAGACCACUGUAGUGGAUGACCGGAGAAUACUCUCUAUGGUGAAGAAAAAAAACCCUGAUAACAGCCCAACAGAUCAAAAACACUCUCCUGGAUGCAGGUGUAGAUGUGUCAAAGUCUACCAUACGCAGAAGACUACACCAGCAGGACUACAGAGGGUACACUACAAGAUGCAAACCACUGAUAAGCCUGAAGAACAGAAAGGCAAGAUUACAGUUUGCUAAAAAGCACCUAAAAGAACCCCAAGAGUUCUGUAAAAAAAAUAUUGUGGACAGAUGAGACAAAGAUUAACAUGUACCAGAGUGAUGGAAAGACAAAAGUGUGGAGAAAAAAAAUAAAUGCCCAUGAUCCAAAGCAUACCACCUCAUCCAUGAAACAUGGUGGAGGGGGGUGUUAUGGCUUGGGCCUGUAUGGCUGCCAGUGGAACAGGCUCACUUGUCUUCAUCGAUGAUGUGACUGCAGACAGAAGUAGAACAAUGAAUUCUGAAGUCUACAGAAAUAUUUUAUCUGCUCAGAUAAAACCAAAUGCCUCCAAACUCAUUGGACGGCACUUAAUCACGCAACAAGACAAUGACCCUAAACAUACUGCUAGAGCAACAAAGGGGUUUUUGAUGGCCAAAAAGUGGAAAAACCUUGACUGGCCGAGUCAAUCACCAGAUCUGAAUCCAAUUGAACAUGCAUUUUACAUGCUGAAGAGGAGACUGAAGGCAAUAAGUCCCCGAAACAAGCAGGAACUGAAGAUGGCUGCAGUACAGGCCUGGCAGAGCAUCACCAGGGAAGAUACCCAGCGUCUGGUGAUGGCGAUGCAUCGCAGACUUCAAGCAGUCAUUGCAUGCAAAGGAUAUGCGACCAAAUAUUAACAAUGAUUACUUUAUUCUACAUUAUGUUAAACUGUCCAAUGAUUUUUGAUGCCCGAAAAUGGGGGGGGACCAUGUACAAAAGCUUCUAUAAUUCGUAAACGGUUCAUCCGAUAUGUAUGAAAAUACCCUCAAAUUAAAGCUGACAGUCUGCACUUCACCCUCAUUGUCAUUGUAUCCUUUCAAACUCAAAGUGCUAGAGUACAGAACCAAAAUAACAAAAGAAUGGUCACUGUCCAGUGAAUUAUGGAGCUCACUAUAUAUAUAUAUAUAUAUAUAUAUAUAUAUAUAUAUAUAUAUAUAUAUAUAUAUAUAUAUAUAUGAGAAAAAAAACAUGGGGGAUUGGAAGUGAUUCAGACAAUUACAUUGAUGGAAGUUACAAUCUAUCUGCAAUAUUAAAGCUGAUCUACCCCCUAAAUAAAAAAAUAAUAGAACCCUAACUCUAAGAAGAACCCUAAUCCUAAGUAAAAACCUGCUGUCCUUGUCUGUUCCUAAGGCUAGAACUGAGAUGGGGUAACCAAUAUUUUUCCCAUAAUGCCUCUUCAUCCUGGAACAUGCUUCAAAAUAUAUUAAAGUUAGUGGAGUUAGUGUCCUUGCCUGUUUUUAAGACUGAUCGACAACACUGUUUGUGACAGCUGCAGUUGUUUCUAAUCUUCAAUUGCCUCCCGAGUGGCGCAGUGGUCUAAGGCACUGCAUCGCAGUGCUAGCUGUGCCACUAGAGAUCCUGGAUCGAAUCCAGGCUCUGUCGUAGCCGGCCGCGACCGGGAGACCCAUGGGGCGGCGCACAAUUGGCCCAGGGUAGGGGAGAGAAUGGCUGGCAGGGAUGUUGGUAGAGCAUGGCGUUUGCAACGCCAGGGUUGUGGGUUCGAUUCCCACGGGGGGCCAGUAUGAAAAAAAAAAAUAAUAUAACGUAUGCACUCUAACUGUAAGUCGCUCUGGAUAAGAGCGUCUGCUAAAUGACUAAAAUGUAAAAUGUAAAUGUAUGACUCUUUGUCUUUUGUGUAUAUUUUGUAUUUUUCAGUAAUAUUUUAUGCACACGCUGCUAUUUCCCUGUUUUGCCUUCUUGCCAGGUCGCCCUCGCAAAAUAGUUUAACCUCAAUGGGUCUUACCUGGUUAAAUAAAGGUAAAUUUUUUGAAUAAUAAAUAAAACUAAGAACCCUAAGUAAAACCCUAAGUAGAACCCUAACUCUAAGUAAAACUGUAGUGGGCAGAAAUGUUUGAUGUGUAUAUUAUAAAAUGUCAACUAUAGUGCAACACGUAAUAAGACUAAGCAAUUAGCCUAUUCAAAUGUUUAUCUGACUCCAUAAAGGUUAUUUAGCAAUACGCAAGAACACCACAGUUGACUUACAGUAGUAGGCAAUGGAGAAAUGUCUAAGAAUGAAUUCUAAAUGCAAAUGUUUAUUUAAUUACUUUUGUCCAAUGAAAGGAUUCACAUACAAGGCAUGAAGCUUAAGUUACAAAGCAUUACAGGCAAUGUUCCCACUAAGCUGCGCGCGGGCGCCCAGUAGCCAGAGACGACCUGUUCCCACUAAGCUGCGCGCGGGCGCCCAGUAGCCAGAGACUACCUGUUCCCACUAAGCUGCGCGCGGGCGCCCAGUAGCCAGAGACUACCUGUUCCCACUAAGCUGCGCGCGGGCGCCCAGGAGCCAGAGACUACCUGUUCCCACUAAGCUGCGCGCGGGCGCCCAGGAGCCAGAGACUACCUGUUCCCACUAAGCUGCGCGCGGGCGCCCAGUAGCCAGAGACUACCUGUUCCCACUAAGCUGCGCGCGGGCGCCCAGUAGCCAGAGACUACCUGUUCCCACUAAGCUGCGCGCGGGCGCCCAGUAGCCAGAGACUACCUGUUCCCACUAAGCUGCGCGCGGGCGCCCAGUAGCCAGAGACUACCUGUUCCCACUAAGCUGCGCGCGGGCGCCCAGUAGCCAGAGACUACCUGUUCCCACUAAGCUGCGCGCGGGCGCCCAGUAGCCAGAGACUACCUGUUCCCACUAAGCUGCGCGCGGGCGCCCAGUAGCCAGAGACUACCUGUUCCCACUAAGCUGCGCGCGGGCGCCCAGUAGCCAGAGACUACCUGUUCCCACUAAGCUGCGCGCGGGCGCCCAGGAGCCAGAGACUACCUGUUCCCACUAAGCUGCGCGCGGGCGCCCAGGAGCCAGAGACUACCUGUUCCCACUAAGCUGCGCGCGGGCGCCCAGUAGCCAGAGACUACCUGUUCCCACUAAGCUGCGCGCGGGCGCCCAGUAGCCAGAGACUACCUGUUCCCACUAAGCUGCGCGCGGGCGCCCAGUAGCCAGAGACUACCUGUUCCCACUAAGCUGCGCGCGGGCGCCCAGUAGCCAGAGACUACCUGUUCCCACUAAGCUGCGCGCGGGCACCCAGUAGCCAGAGACUACCUUGGAGAGAUGCACGGGAUUGAACUUCAUUCAACUUUCUAGGAGUUUUCCCUGUUAGUUAACGCUAUCAACGUUUCCCUUUUACUGUGGCAAUUGUGAUCAAAUCAACGCAAUAUUAGUCAUUUCAAUGCAACAUACCGAAACUAAAUGAACUAUGCAAGAGAUUUUGUUGUAGGCACAAUGCAUCGGAGUAGCAUUCUAUUGGGCACUUACUCUACACAGACCAGUGGGGCAUAACCAAUCAGAGCUGCAGUAGGCCUAUAUGCAAAUAGACAAUUGCCAUAUAUGGAUCUGUGCCAUUCACUUUGAACUGGACUGUGUUUACAGCUGUGGUCAUGAAUAGAUGCGCUUGUUUUGAGAUCAAAGCAAGAGCUGCAUGUGGCCACGUGUCUGUCAGUUAGAGUUUUUAGCCCAGGUAUAGAUAACUUGGAGUCAGCAAUAGAGAAUGAUUGCUUCCUAGAAGAGCACAAAACGUGUACAUUUCUAGACAUCUUUGAAAAGCAAGUCACGUAAAGAGCUUAUUUUGACUUAAACUGGCAGUGUUGUAUUUUGAGACUGUCUUGAAUAAGCUAAGUAGCCAAUAGGCAGAGGGUAGUAUCAUUUGUCUGAUUCUCUGUAAUAAUGGUAUGGGAAUAAUAAUGCAUUUUAUUUUGUAAAGUGGUUUCUUGCAUCAAACAACACAUUUUCAGUCACCUCCUUUGUCUGAAGGACAAGUGGAUAAACAGGUUAAUGUCAAGCCCUGCAUAUUUCUUCCAAAAGUCUCAUGGAAUGUAGGUCUACAUUGAACACCACACAUUGGCUGCUACUGUAGGCUGAAUGAUAGAACUGCUAUUUCCAUGUUAAAAUGUUAUGGGAUGCAUUUUCUCCAUUGUUUUUGAUGGUAGGCCACUCUGGUAGGCCUACAUUAUGAUCAAAUAGCCACAGUAGCCUACUUGGCCACUGUUAAAACUGUAACUUAAAGCGGGUACAGCCUCAGUGUUCACAGUAAACGCGCGCUGGAAGUUGCACAAUCUUCACAACGUUCAAGUUUGCACUCAGUGCCGAAAGAAUGUUGAGGGAACAUGUAUUACAAGGCAUUAUUCUAAGCAUGAACAAAGAGAUGCCUAGAAACCUAAGUAAAAGCACAGCUAAAAAGGUGUAUUAAGAUCUUAAAAAUGUAAGAUCUUUCUUAAAAGGGUGGGGGGGUGGGGGGUGUUGUGUAUGCUAAUGACCAUUUGCAGUGAAUAGGCCCAUUUCGAGUCACAUUCUGAGGUUUGUUAUAACAGACUAAAUAAAAUGUGCUGGCACAACAACAGACAUCCAGGCUGAUUUUCAAAACAUCAAACACAUCCAUUAUGAUUAGAAUAAUUUGUUUUGGUUAACUAGCUAGUCCCUGAGCAGAACAGAACCAAAGUGUGUGUGUGUGUGUGUGUGUGUGUGUGUGUGAGUGAGUGCGUGUGUGUGUGUGCGUGUGCGUGCGUCUGUGUAUUCUAUUGUUUGUGAAUGUUAUUUUGGUGAGUGCACUCAUGGUGAUGUCACCUUUUACUGAGGUGUUCCAUGUGUUCUACCCGUAUGCAUCCUCCUAACCAUACAUUUCUGACAUCGCUGUAAUGUUAAUGGUCACACUGACGCCCACCAAGCGUCUGUCUGUGUGUGUGUGUGUCACAUUGCGCACACGACACGUGGGAAUGAGACAUGUUUUCUACCAGACCUCUAUCUCGGUGUGUUUAUCCUCCGUUUGUUGACGUCUCUGUCUGUCAUCAUGGCGAUUAGGAUCAGAUUCAGAGAUUAAAACUAAAUCUCAACUCAAUGAUAAAUGUUUUGCCUUCGUGGGAUCAACUCUCUUCUCAUUAAAUGUUAUCUAAGACUCAUUUGACUGAGAGAAACCCACAAGAUGGCGUCGUUAUGGUGUAAAGUACCAUGUUGACCAAGUUUACGAUGGCCCUAAAGAAUCAAAACAGCCAACCUGGUUUCAGUGAAGAGACAAAUUCAUGAUCCUUGUUGUUGUGUGGUUGAGUGGAGCUGGAGGAUAGAUUUGAGUGGAGCUGGAGGAUAGAUUUGAGUGGUUGAGUGGAGCUGGAGGAUAGAUUUGAGUGGUUGAGUGGAGCUGGAGGAUAGAUUUGAGUGGUUGAGUGGAGCUGGAGGAUAGAUUUGAGUGGAGCUGGAGGAUAGAUUUGAGUGGUUGUGUCUCUCUCGGUCUCUCCUCAGGUUUCCAGGAGUGCCACAAGACCUACAGGAGGAGGCUGGGCUACAGUACAGAUUUGAAGUCUAUGAAAGCAUCGACCAAUGAGCUGUAA